GAGAUAAUGCGUGUUGAAAUGAAGAGUUAGCAUGACCCCGACCAUUAAACCACGUGGUUUUAUAUACACACACUCCUAUCAGCAGCAGAUCGCUGACUAUAUGAAAAAGAAAAAAACAGCUGAUUUAGUGAAAUGGCUUUACGACUUUACCUCCGAGUUCUGGAAAAAUUUCCUGUGGCGACGAUGUACUCUCAUGGCUGCUGGCGAUAGCAUUGCACAAAUAGCUGUUGAAAAAACCCAGAAACCAUACGACUACGGGAGGACGGGCCGCUUCUUGGGAUUUGGACUUUUUAUUGGGGGUCCAAUGUUCAGGCUGUGGUAUCUGGGACUAGACAAAGCGUUUAAGGGAACAAGACUGGGUCCACUCAAGAUGCUAGCUUGUGAUCAACUUUUGUGGGCCCCCUCCUUCCUGACUUUUUUCCUUGGGACAAUGGGAACGCUGCGAGGAGACUCAACACAACAGAUUAAAGACAAGAUCUCAAAUGAUAUUUGGCCAGUCCUCAAAACCAAUUGGAAGAUAUGGCCAGCAGUGCAACUAGUGAACUUCUACCUUGUGCCUCUACAACACAGAGUGUUGGUAGUAAACUUUGUUGCCCUUGGUUGGAACACUUACAUGGCCUGGGUUUCUGAAGCAGAUUCCGAAGCAGAACUUACGAACAACGACCAAGAAACAACUCACUGACAACAGAGAAAUAUCUAGAUAUGAUGGUUUGACCAAAGACAAAGUUGAUGUAAUUUUGAACCAGCUGAAGGUCAUUUUGCAAUGAGAUGUUGACGACCCGGUGGUAAGCAGUGACUCUGUAGAAUAAGGAUUCCAGGUGUACUUGUAGGAGGACAAAUUGGUGCACUACGUAUUCACUACCUGUGAAAUUCUAAGGAUUGAAAAUGGAAAUGGGAAAGACAAACUUUGUAAAACUUGUACAAGUGGAUGCAGAGAAAGCUUAAUAUCCUAAAAUCUCGAUAAUAAGCCUGAUUUGAAAAAGGUCGGCCUUGAAGAUAAACUUUGGAUUCCUUACAAACCUAUCUUUAUAAUAAGCCGGUCUUGAAAAGUAAGCGAGUCUUGAAAGUCCUGAAAAGUAAGCCAGUCUUGAAAGUCUUGAAAAGUAAGACAGUUUUGAAAUAAGCAUUGGAUUCCAGGCAGUAGCCACAUUUUCCCUGUCGACCGAAAAAGCUUUAACGUGUAAAAUUAUCACAUUGUAUGAUUUACAGUUGCAACAAUUCGAUUCAAGAACAAGAGGCCCAGAGGACUUGUAGUGCUCACCUAGAUAAUAAAGCAACCAUGGGAAAAUUUUCUUUAUAAAUAUAAUACUGCAACUAUUUCCAAAUAUUGGCACUUUCUUUCAGCAACACAGGUCACUUAUUUGGGACCCGUCUUUCUUCCCCAAUGAAUUUGGAAGGAUUAUAAAUAAAUACAGCUAUUUCCCUGUUUGGGCCCCACCACUUUGCACCCUAAAAGUAACCCUACAUUUAUACAAAAAUUGAGUCCCCUUUGCCCAAGGAUACUCCACAAAAAAUUGGCUAGAAUCCCUCCAAUCAAACUAAAAGAGAAAUAAAGCUUUGUCCUUUUGUCCCUAAGGGGACUACAUGCUACAUUUAAACCAAAGGAUGCUCUGACAAAAAUCCUUCCAAUAAUAAAAAAAAAAAAAAAAAAAA